AUGGGACCGGGCCACCUCGUUGGCCGUGGCGUGACAGAGCACGAGACCACUUACCUCCGAUCUACCCUUAGGAGCUUGGGGCCGCAGUUCGAGUCCCUACGUCGCGUUCUCAUCGUAGUACCCUUUGACGAUACGAUAUUUGCUGAACACUCGGGGAGAUUGGUGAGGGUGACAUCCGGUCUUGGGGAUCGCCUCGCCGACAUACCGAGAGAUGAAUACCAGUUCGUGCCGCUUGCGUCUGACGGUCUUGCACAGCUGUUCGAGCGCGAUCACCAGCGUCGACUGCCUAAGCGGCGUCGAGAUAUGCUUCUGCCACACUUCCACGAGAUUCAAUGA